AAAAAAGCCACGUAUGCACUUAAAUACAACAUUAUGAUUUAACCCGUGUCAGCACGGUUAGAAUUUCAAACACCGGUCCUGUUGAGACAUUUGAAUUCGACUACGGUUCGAUUGCGCGUAUCUAAAGGGGAUCCGAUAACGAGAUUCAAGACUCAAGCCAUUGAAACAAACGCUCCAGCCGGACCCACAGUAUGCCUGUGGACUAUAUAUGCGCGCAGCCUAAUUAUGUUAUUAGGAUUGAGCUGAAGGAGUGCAGACCGACUGUUUGGCGCGAAAUAAACGUUCCAAGUGACAUGAGCUUGUCCUCAUUGCACAAAGUUAUCCAGGUUGCCAUGGGCUGGUCCAAUUUACAUCUGCACGUGUUCAGCUUGCCGGAUAGUUCUAUAGAGUUUGGCCGACAUGCCGACUAUUCGAGCGACACUGAGUCUAGCGAGGAUGAAAUGAGUGCGUUCGACGAGGCCGAGCAAGCUGCUUGGUAUGCGCAGAUGGGGAUAGAUAUGCCUACCAAAAAGAGGCCGGAUAAAAAUCACACCGUUGCUGAAUUGUUCAAGCAUGUCGGCUGCAAAGCGGAUUACAUCUACGAUUUCAGUGAUUUGUGGGAACAUACACUUGAACUCAUGGACAUUAUACGCAAUCCACAUCCAACACCAAGGUGUAUAGCAGGAGAACACCAAUGUCCUCCAGAGAGCUGUGGAGGCCGUUUCGGUUAUGAGGCGAUGAUGCUCAUAUUUAAUGCCGACAGUCAAAACAGGUCGUUCGAUCGAAACAGUUGGCGUAUAGGGCGAGGGUACCGAUACGACGUUGUGCCGUUCGAUCUGAUCGCGGUCAACCAAACUUUAAAGACAACCGACAUCUCAUUUAUUGGCAAGUCUUAGAAUGAGGUGUAGACUGGCUCAAUAGACGACAAUGAGGCACAGAUCACGCACGUACAUGGAUUCGUUCGUGAACUGAUCACGCCGCACCCGUCAGUACACGUCUGUCUUGCUAUUCAUCGUAUUCAUCGAGACGGGCACAGUCUGUGGGUAUAACAGCGUUACAUGCUGUUUGUGAUGCUGACUGGAUACAGUAGUCGAUUUCUCUUGUGGUACUUCGCCCAUCGAGAUUAGGCAACUCUUGCCACCCACUCGCGGAAAGGUUUACACCCUUGAGGACAUGACAUCAAAAGCCUUCUUUGGGUAUGCACCAGACAACUUCUGUACUGCCGCAAGCUACACCUAUAUUGAGUAUACAUAGUAUGGUGACCACCUAUUGGCUAUGUCUUUGUAUGGUGAUCGCCCUAUUGCAGCUAGAAAUGCCUGAUAAUUGUGGGUGGAGGUCCACAGGUGGCAUGUCAUACGUUGGGAAUUGGCAACCCGAAGAGGUCGCUUUCUCUGCCUUGUAUGUGCGAUCUCGACCGCGACAUCAAGUUCGAGUGUGUGUAUGGUAGACACACGUAUGAGAAAGUGCCCUCCUCCUCUAUUCACUCUUGUGCGUCGACAACUUGACAAUAUUUUACAUUACAAAGUUUGACAGAGUGAAUAUCACAUCGCUCCAGUGCCGAUGCCUGUGGGACAAGAGCGUCCUCAUACGUCGAUGACAUCAAUAAUAAACGGUGGUAAUCGAGACCCGACGCGUGUCUGAAGGUGCUAUUAUUC